CGGGGGUACCGUUAGCAGGAAAUAAGCUCCAGUCCAUUUUUACCAGGUCGAACAAAGAAAACACCCACCCGGCAGCGCAAAGCAGUGAAAGCAGCUUUUUGAAGAGAUACAAAACGCUCGAAAGCCCUCAGCGACGUGGGAGGUGUCAGACUGGCGCCGUUGUUCUGAUGGGAAAAAGUUUUCUUCCAGUAUCAUAACUGGUCCUCACUUUUACUAACUUUUUAAAACUUAAUUUGGACUCAAAGACGCAAAGAUGCCGAAGACGAUCAGUGUAAGAGUCACCACAAUGGAUGCUGAACUGGAGUUUGCCAUUCAGCCAAAUACAACAGGAAAGCAACUCUUUGACCAAGUGGUUAAAACCAUUGGACUACGAGAAGUUUGGUAUUUUGGCCUCCAGUAUCAGGACACAAAGGGUUUCUCAACAUGGCUAAAGCUAAACAAAAAGGUGACAGCGCAGGACGUGAGGAAGGAGAGCCCCCUGCUGUUUAAGUUUCGGGCUAAGUUCUUCCCUGAGGAUGUGUCUGAGGAGCUGAUCCAGGAUGCCACACAGAGACUGUUCUUCCUGCAGGUGAAGGAGGGAAUCCUCAAUGAUGAUAUCUACUGCCCCCCAGAGACCGCCGUGCUCCUGGCCUCGUACGCAGUGCAGGCCAAGUACGCCGACUACAACAAGGAGGUCCACACACCGGGAUACCUCUCCAGUGAGAAUCUGCUCCCCCAGAGAGUACUGGACCAGCACAAACUUAACAAGGAACAGUGGGAAGAAAGGAUUCAAGUCUGGCAUGAGGAACACAAGAGCAUGCUAAGAGAGGAGUCCAUGAUGGAGUAUCUAAAGAUUGCUCAGGAUCUUGAGAUGUACGGAGUCAACUAUUUCAGCAUCAAAAACAAGAAAGGAACAGAGCUGUGGCUGGGUGUGGACGCUCUGGGACUCAACAUUUAUGAACAGAACGACAAAAUGACACCAAAAAUUGGAUUUCCAUGGAGUGAAAUAAGGAACAUCUCCUUCAAUGACAAGAAGUUUGUAAUUAAACCAAUUGACAAGAAAGCACCUGACUUUGUGUUUUACGCUCCAAGACUGCGUAUUAACAAGCGUAUCCUGGCUCUGUGCAUGGGCAACCACGAGCUGUACAUGCGCCGCCGCAAACCUGACACCAUCGAAGUCCAGCAGAUGAAGGCACAGGCCAGAGAGGAGAAGAACCUCAAGAAAAUGGAGCGGGCUCUGCUCGAGAAUGAAAAACGAAAAAGAGAAGUUGCAGAAAAGGAAAAAGAAAAAAUCGAGAAGGAGAAGGAGGAGCUCAUGGAGAGGCUGAGACAGAUCGAGGAGCAGACCAGGAAGGCCCAGCAAGAGCUGGAGGAACAGACACACAAGGCCCUGGAGCUGGAGCAAGAGAGGAAGAGGGCUCACGAGGAGGCUGAGCGACUGGAGGCAGACCUGAGAAGGGCAGAGGAGGCCAAACUCGCACUCCUGCAACAGUCCCAAAACCAGAUGAAGAACCAAGAACACCUGGCCACAGAGUUAGCAGAUCUGACGUCAAAGAUUUCUCUCCUGGAAGAUGCAAAGAAAAAGAAGGAAGAAGAGGCUAAUGAGUGGCAACAGAAGGCCACACUGGUGCAGGAGGACCUGGAGAAGACCAAAGAAGAGCUGAAGAACAAAGUACUGACUGCUCAUGUCCAGGAGCCAGAGAACGACCAUGAUGAGAAUGAUGAGAGCAGCGCGGAGGCCAGUGCAGAGUUCUCCUCUGCGGUCACUUACAAAGACCGCAGUGAGGAGGAGCGCAUGACCGAGGCUGAGAAGAACGAGAGGCUGCAGAAGCAUCUCCUGGCUUUGAGUUCAGAGUUGGCUAAUGCUCGAGACGAAAGUAAGAAGACGGUGAAUGACAUGAUCCACGCCGAGAAUGUGAAGGCGGGACGGGACAAGUACAAGACCCUCAGACAGAUCCGCUCUGGGAAUACCAAGCAGCGCAUCGAUGAGUUUGAGUGCAUGUGAUAUGCACCUGCUUUGCCUGGACUGCAGUCCUGCCUCCUCUCCACAUAUCAGAUCAACAACAACAUGUGGCCACACAUCUCCACAGCAAUGUACAAAUAUGGAUCUGAGAUAUUCUGUUAUCAUUCCACUGUCUGAAGUUAGGCGAGUCACUGUUUGAAAAGGGACGUACUGUGUGUCAUUCCUCCUUCGGGGUUUGUGUAGCAUUUUAGUGCUUGACCUACACCAUUAUUUAAAAACAUUAAACAAUUAAAUCACAUUUUUAAAAUUAAAACCAAAUUUUCUCAAAAAUGUGUUGCCAAUCUUCUGCUGUAAAUAUUGAAUUUGAAUUAACUCUCUGGAUAAACCAUUUUGGCACGUGUCCCAGAAUCAAACCUCAUUGCACUGUAUUUCACAUAAGACAUAUGUGGAGACCUAGGCAAUAUAUUAGAUCUCAUUUAUUUUAUUUUAUUUUUCUGAUUGUAGCCACAGUCUGUCACAAACCAUACAGUAUUUAAAUCCCUGUCACAAAGUGACAUUAAAGCUUCAGUUAGCUCUGUUUCUGUAUAUUUCAUUGUUUUAUCAUUAGCCACAUUUUUUUGUGCACUUCAGUGUUAAACCUUCAAAUGUCGAGAAAUUAACCAAAUAAUCUGGCAUACCCAUUGUCUUUAAUCCCAUUUUUAAUGUGUUAAUUUUAUAAUUAAGGAUCACAUAAUCAUUUUAGCCAUGACAGAUAAUCAGAGACAUUUAGAGCAAACUGGUGGCCAUGUUUAAAUCAGAAAUGAGGUCAAAGUUUAUGUUUAGUAUUGUGUUUUUCUGUACGUUGACAAAGAUACAGAUGCAGGCUUUGGAGAUGCAUUGGAAAAGCCUGUUAAUGUAUAUAAAUUCAAAAAUAGAAAAGGCCGGAUUUAUUAUGGUCUUAGAGAAAACAGUAUUUCUACAUUUGAAAUGUCAGUUAUAAAAAAAAUAACUGUGUGUUUUGUAUGAGUGAAAAUAAAACCCACUUGCAUUUGAACUGGUUUUAUUAACCUGGAUCAUGAAUAGUUUGGUUUCAGUAUUAGCGUCAGUUCAGUGCUCCUUUGGAGUGUGCAGAAGAACCAGGUCUUGCACAUUCAGUGAUAUUUUGUAUAUGUGAAAAUAACUUCAAGUUUCAAACAAAGGCAUAUGGUGAGAAAUAUUUUGAGAAAUAAUGUGCUAUAUUUUUCUAUCUCAAAAGAAACAUUUUGGUAGAAUGACAAUGAAUAUCAUGCCCUGCUGUUAACAUUUAUAGAUGUGUUGUAGAUUUGAUGAGAAAAAAUCGUGCCUAUAAGAAUAGCCAAAAUAAAUUUCAAAUGGAUACUGUAGCAUUGUACACUAGACUGUAAUAUACAAUGCCUCAAUGAUUUUGUUUUUUACCAUUCCUUCUGCUUUCUCUCAUUGAAUAAAAUAAAUAUUUGCUUA